AUGAGUACAUCUAGUUUUCUAAGUAAUGGUAAUAGGCAUCUGAUGCUAAGAAACUCAAACCCUCUUCCUCCUCCUCCUCCUCCAAUCAAAUUAUCUCAUGUUUUAUCUACCAUACCAAACUUUUCCUUUUUUGAUGAAUUGAUUAAUCUUCCACAACCGCUGACUUCAAAUCCAUCGGAAUCCUUCAAUCUACUGCAACGUGAUGUUUUCCAAAUUACAAAAGUAUUGGAAGAUAUUAAUCUUUAUUUGAAUGAUUUACUCAUGAUUUUUAAUAAUGUUGAGCAGGCGUCAAAAAAUGUUGUUGAUGUAUUGGAUUGGUAUUUUGAAGGGAAAUCCUUGUUACAAGACCUACUACGAAAUAUUGAAAAUAUUGAUUCCAUUAUAUCCCAAUUGUUAUUAGUGGUUGAAUCAUCUAAUAAUCAUGAAAGUAUUGGUAAUAAUCUUCUAGCAAUAUUUGAAGAAAUUAGUGAUUUAGUGUUGGAUGUGAAAAAAUCCCUGAUUAUGUUUAAAAAAUAUCUUGAUAUUUCUAUCAAUUAUCGGGAAAUAAUUGAUUCAGUUAUAAAAUCAUUGAGUAAUGAAAUUGAAGAUUGUAUAAAAUGUAUUUUGAAAUUAAAAGAAUUGAAAUUGGCUAGUCCUAAAAAUGUUUUACCUAAUUUUACUUUACAAUCAAUUAUUUCCAAAAUGAAAAUUAAUGAUUUAUCAAGUGGUACAUUUUCUUUUAAAUCAAUGAGACUACCUACAUUUAGUGAUUUGGAUGAAAAAUUAUAUAAUGAUUAUCUUGAAUUAGAAUCGAAAAUUGAUCCUUUAAGAACUUCUUUGAGUAUUGUUCCUUUACGAAUUGAUGAUUUUAAUACAAUGUGUGCCGGACAAUUUUUUGUAAAAUCUCGAGAAAACGUUUUGGAUGCUUAUGAAGUAUUAGUUCUGAAAUGGAAUAUGUUGUUGAAAGAGAAAAAUUCUUAUAAAAAGGAUAAUAUUAAUGUUAAAUGGAAUGAAAUAUUUGAAUAUUUGAUUGAAGAAAUUUUUAAAGAAUGUGGCCGAUUGAUUAGAGAAGUCGGGUCUAGUUCCAGUAAUGUCACUAUACCACCUGCUACUGGCGGUGGUGGUGGUACAACCAUAACCGAUGAAGUUGGUAACAAGUACAAAAUGUGUUCUAAUUCAAUAACUUUAAUUCAAAAGGCGUUUAAAGAAAAUAUUAUCACUGACCCUGAAUUGGUGACAAUUUUCAAUCAUGAUUUGGUGCCCAAAUGGGAAGAACUUAACAAUAUAAUAACUAAUAAUGGUAAUCAGAGUAGAACUGAGAAACGAAUCCUGAUGUAUGGUGGUACUGGUAGUGUUAGUGGUAGCACUGUUGAAUCUAAUGGAUUGAGAUCGUUUCAAACGGGGUCUAGAAGUUCUUCUUCAGGGGAAAGACCAAUUAGCAAUGGUAUUGGAAUUGAUUUCAAUCUUGCUGUUGAAUCCACUUCGGUACCUUUGAGUGUUCACAAGAGUGAUAGAAUUAAAGACGUGAUUAGUAGUGCUGGCACUGGUGCGCCCCUGGAAGGUAUUCCUCCUAGGAGCAAAAAUUUACGUCAUUCACUUAUUAGUGUUUUUGAAGAUAGUAGUAUGCGGGAAGAUGAAGAUGAAGCGACAACUUUAGUUAAAAGUCCAAGUUCUAAAGUUGUUAAAGAAGAAAAUCAAACUUGUGGUCAAAAUAAAGAUUUCAAUAAUCUGUUUGAAAAAUCUCAGAAAUUGAUUGAAAAUAAUCAGCAUCAGAGUGAACAAAACCGUAUUGAUUUUGCUGCAUAUAUUGAAAAAGUUAUUCAUUCACCAAUUAAGAUUGAAUCGAAAUUACCCAAAAUUCCUUUAGAAUAUAUUAAGCAAGGAUGUCAUAUAACUCAUAAACGACCUGAUUUUGCAAAUACAAGAAUCCCUAGAGUUAUUCUAAUGGAAUCACCUUAUAGUUCACCACAAUCAAAUGCUAAACGAUUAGAAAAAUUAAAUGCUGCCAAUGGAGUUGGUUCAUUUGUGUCUCCCUUACGAAAUAAAAAGAAUGAAUCCUAUAGUUUUAAUCGCUCACGAGCUAGUUCAAAUGCCACAGUAAUUGGUAGACCUAAUUCGUUGCUUCAUGAGAUGAAAGUACCCAAUCUAACUUUUUCUAAAAGGUUAACUUAUAAUUUGGAAAGUUUCCAUGAAAGUGGUGGUGUAGGUGGUGGUAUCGGUGGGUUUUCAUCUUUUGAAUCAAGAUUUGAUGAAGAAAAUUUGCUACAUUCUUUGAAAGAAACUAGUAUUUGGAAAUAA